AAACUUCCUGGUGAGGCAGUACCUGAAGCCACAGAUCAGACCACUAGGCUUCUCUUUAAACUGUUUGACAGAGAGCAAACUGGUGUUAUUCUGCGCAGGUCAGUGGAGGCCGCACUGAUCACCCUAUGUGGAGACACUCUCUCAGCUAAACAGAGAGCUCUGUUCCAGCUGGUUGAGAGCUACAGUGGGAAUCAGGAGAGUGACAGGGGCUCCAUCAGUCGAACUGCACUCACAAUCCUGCUGGAAGACGUCAGUCAGGUCCCAGCAGUGGUUCAGGAAAACCAUGUUUUUGGUCAUGCUGAAGCUGCAGCGUCCUCUUGCUUCAAUGGGAUAAUCAGUGCACGUGUGACUGAGGAGCAUUUUAUUGGCUGGCUGCAGUCAGAACCCCGGCUGCUGUUAUGGCUGUCCACUCUCUACAGGAUUUCAGUGAGUGAAGCUGUACAACACAGAGUCCACUGCCAUGCCUGUAAAGCCUUUCCUAUCACUGGCCUUAGGUAUCGCUGUUUGAAAUGCCUGAAUGUACACCUGUGCCAAAGCUGCUUUCUGACUGAGAGACACAGCAGGAAACACAAGCCCUCUCAUCCUGUACUGGAGUACUGCACUCAGCCAUCCUGGAAGGAGUCAAUGGCGUCACUUGCCUCCAGUGCUCGACACGCUUUGGUACCUCGACACACUCGGAGAGAAGCAGAGAGGAAGAAAGCCCUGAGAGCAGGCUCCAGUGCAGAGCUGCAAUACAGUGCCCCUUCUCCAGUGCUGCAAUGCUCCAGUGUAGCAGAUCCAGACAUGCAUAAUGAAACAGGUCUGACUGCCACCCCUCCUGUGGUUACUGUAGAGUCGAAAUGCCUGCAGACAGAAGAGACCGAGAUUCCUCAGAGAGAAGCAGCUAUUCUCCAAAAAGACCUCAGUGUUACUCAGAAGGCCAUGAGGGAUCUACAGAGAGAUAAAUGGCUUCUGGAGAAAGAGUUUCAGGUGUGGAGAGUUGCAGCCCAGUCAGAGCAUGAUUCACUGGAGGACAAAUGUACUGAGCUGAAGACCAUGAUGGAGACGAUGAACCAACAUAACCAGCAUCUGGAAGAAGAACUGGACAGAGUCAGACAUAUUUUGAGUCUGAGGGACAGAGAUCAGCUCAGAAUUGACUUUCAUUCCCAUUCAAACCCUCAACCAGAACAUGAUGGCAGCAUUAGUGAGAAUGACUGGACACAACCAGGGUGUUUAAAACCUCAAGACAGCUCCAGUGGAGAAGAGCAGGUUGAGGAGGGGAGAGAAGCAUAUCAGGAAGGAAGAACAGAAGUGGAUGAGGAGACUCUUUAUGAGGUAUCAGAAGACAUCUCCACAAAUCUGGAUGACACAGAAGAGGAUGUCCAUACGGCUUCAGAGCAGCAAGAGGAAGUUGAGGAGGAGGGGCUACAGGUGGAACAGGAGGAAUUACUGCAUGAAAGACAAGAUCAAUCUGAGGAGGGGCUACAGGUGGAACAGGAGGAAUUACUGCAUGAAAGACAAGAUCAAUCUGUACUUAAUCAAUCUGUGUCUGAUUUAGCUCUGGAAGAGCAUUCAGACUCCGAUGAUUCAGAGAUGGAGGAGGAAGAGGAGUCGUGUGAGCUUGUACAGCGACUUCGAAAUGCUUCUCUAUAUACAGCCACAGGGUCAGUAUGUCUGCAGAAAGAAAAGCUAAUGACGGCAGCAGAGGGAGUCAGAGAUUCUGUUUCUCAUCUUGUCACUUCUGUGAGGACCACCAGUUUGGCAUGAUGGCAGCCAACCAUCAGUAGGAAAAUAACUUACCCUUACUUGCAACUACUACAAGCCAAUUUCCAUCUCUCGUUCCAUCACAAGGUUAAUCAUAAACAGCAGAUGCUCACAGUGGACUGAAGGUUGACAAUUCACAAUGUAAUGAAAUCUAAAAAUAAAUAGGUUCAGAGAUUUAUUUCACUA